AUGGAGCGAAUGUGGCGAAAAGUGAAUCAGGGAUUGUCGGGACGGGGAGCCAGUGGUAAGCAGACACAUCAUCAAUCGACAGAGACAGUGAGCUCAGCAGGAUUUGGUGAAGCUCAGAAUGUCGUGGCGGUAGCCGGUCGGGCGCCAGUGAGAACAGAAGCAAUUCCGGUACAAGAGCCACUUCCUGUCGCUUCAGACAAGCGCAAGAGGCGCCGAAGGAAGAGUCGACCACGUCGUGGAGGGAGAUCUGCCGAAAGGAAUCCUCCUGCAGCAGUUACUCAGCCACUUCCUCCACCACCACCUGGGGCGGAUGCCUCCCUGAAGCAGCGGGCUGUUGCCAAGCUGAAAAUGUUCAAUUUCCACUUGAACUGGGAUCUCCAUAUGACGCAGUGCAAACCAUGCGGACCUCGUUCAGCUGGGAAUAUUCUGACGCGACGUCUGUGUCGCAAUCGACGACGUGAUGACAACGAACUAUAUCGUUCCAAUAGUUUUAAAUUCGAGAGAUUUGACCGAAAGGAAGGACAAGAAGUGGGUGGAUCUGAAACACUGCCAAAACAGAUUUCCAUCUGUGAUGAUUAUAGCCUGCCAGUUGACUUUGUAAAGAAACGGCCGUCCAGCUUUGAUCCUUGCUUGGUUGAUCUUGUGCCAAACAAUUGGACAACACCAAGCCCCUUAUCAGAACACGUGACAUUUGUAGAUCCAGCAAAUCCGGCAACAGCAACAAUCACACCUCAGCCAGCACCUCAGCCACCUGUGAAAGUUGUUGAGGGCUAUAGUGAUCCAAAGGAUUCAAAGAGGCAACACCGUGCAGGAAGACGAGAGCAAUCAUCGAAGAGACCAACAUCCCUUGGCAGUUUUAAGCCCUACAAUCGUCUGUAUAGCGAUUCAGAUUCAGCAGGCCCCAAGACAUCUGCUGACGACGAAGACGAAGCCCAGGAGGACGAACAAGAUCGAGUUCCUGAUCUCAAUUCACCAGAUAGCAUUUCGGAGGAUUUAGUGCGUCCUCUGCAAUCGCAAAAGAGUCCUAAAAGACCAUCUGAAAUUUCAAAGAGAAAUCCCUCACCGUACUACUAUUCGGAUCUACUGAAGAAUCGUGACGGGCAGGAAGUAUCUGGUAAUCAGAAAAACCGUCAGCAAAGGCCAUUAAGAUCGAAAACUGUUGAUUCACGGAGCAGUGCACAGAGUGGUGAGAGAAGUUCUACUCAGCCACAUAAGUAUUACAAGAAAAGUAGUAGCCUUGACGUACCAUCGGCUGACCGGGAGGAUUUAGAACCACAGAGACGGCGAUAUUCAAUCACUGAAGACGGUGUGAGGAUCAUCAGAUGUGACUCUCCGUCAACAACAACAUCUGAUGACUCUGACUGUACGGAGUGUCAGAAGAGACGAGAGUGGCACGCUCAAGCAUUGGCUCUAGUCCGUGAGACUUGCAACGUUGUUGCCGUACCGGACGCCUCGAUGCCACCCCAUCGACUUCUCGGACCGGCCAUGUGUGCAUGUACAGCAGCACCCAAUGUUGUAGAUGAUCCCGAUGAUCUCUUUAGGCCACGUAGUAUCUUUUAUGUCCAUCAAGCGGGGGAGCAAGAAUGUGCUGACUGUAGUCAGGGAAUUGCUGAGAAGGUGACAGUGGCUGAGAAAGGUAUAGAGUCUGGAGGUAGUGGAAGAACUAGAAAAAUUUAUGAGACAGCUUUUGAUUCUAAAAUUACACGAUCAGAUGAUGAUUUGGAUGAUGAUUUGGAUCGUUUGACAAAUCAUUCAGUUCUUGCAUCAACUCCACAUACCAUUGACACUCCCAAAUCUCUACCUAAGGAGGGUAAGGAGAGAUCAAGAAAAUCCUCAAGAUCAUCGGAUGUAAAGAGAAAUUCCCGAGUGAAGACACACACCACUCCAGAUAAUGGAGGUAGUGCCUCGACUAUAUCACAAGAGAUGGAAAAUUUACAUCUCAUGGACAAUUCCCUGGACAAUAUGGCCAAUGCCAAUGAAGCAUCUUCAGCAGCACAGUUGCCACUCAGAGGAUAUACACCGUCUCCACCAUCUACAGCUCCCCUUCCGGUGAAAUUUCCGGGAAAGCAUGAGCGCUUCCUUAUGAAUAGUAUCAAAAGUGCACCAAAUUUGCCAGCAACAAAUCCAUUGAAAAAUGCUCGACUCAAGGAUUUACGACUACCACUGAAAUCCCUACGUCCUCAUGAUGCUCCAGCCAGUAGCGAUGGAAGUAUCGUUGAUACAGGAUCAUACAACAGUCCCCGGAAUAUCGACAGACCACGAUCUGUGGUACUGGAGUCUGGUAGAGUGUUGGAGUUGAAGAGAAGCCAUCACAGUAGUGGUCAGAGGCAGAGACGCAAUUUUUCAUCUACUGAGAGUAUGGCUACAUCAAGCAGUGGUGGUAGUAUGGAAUCAAUUAGAUCGAGCACGAGUGAAGGCAAUCGCAGUACAUCAAGCUCGGAAUCUCGUCAUUCAACAUCCCUGAGCUCUCACAGUUCAGAUUCAGUUCCAGGAGUGACGAAUCCCUUGCGAGUGCCAAUUGUUAUUCAUUCCAAACUUCACAUUCUGAGUCCCAUCUCGGAUAAAUCUAGUCAGGAGCCAGGCAGUGAGACGAGUGAUAUCAAUAAUAGAAACAAUAACAGUCAAAAGGCAUCGCCUGAUGAUGGAACAAAACAGAAUCAGAAUGAAGAUUUCACCACGGACAAUGCAGCUUCAAAGAUAAAGAGGCGACUGCCUCAGAAUAAAACUCUUCUCCUCAUAACAGGUGAUGAGAUUCAGGGUUCAGACAGUGGAAUCUCACUGCAUUCACGAGAUGGUGCCAAAUCGAGAAUAAGCGCCUUCCAACCACUAACUACAAACAAAUUCAACCCAACGGUGGAGAAAGUGGACAAUAAUAUUGCUCCAGCAGGAUUACCACAGGAUUUAAGUGAUCUUCCAUUUGAUAUGCCAAAGUUACGCCGUCGCAGAAUCAUAACCCAGCCGGAUGCGUGCACUUCUGGGAGUGCAACAUCUGUGGAUUUGGGUGAUCUUCCAUUUGACAUGCCCAAGCUCCGACGACGCAUGAGAUUGACACCGCAACCAACUUGUGGAGUUAGUGGAGUUAUCCAGACUAGUACAGAAUCCAGCGGAGUCUCUCAGGCUUCAUCUAGUCAUUCUGUGCGAGAGGAUAAGCCAAUCCUAGGCACAGGCAUGUUCCGUCAGAAUCUCACACUUAAUCUAAUGGAGACAAAGUCAUCGGCAUCUAAGAAGUCCCUGGGAGGGAGUUUGGAGCUGAAAUCGAGUGGGAAGGGGCUGCUGAAUCUCAACUUGGGUGCCUAUUCAUCUGGUGUGGAUCUUAUUGACGCCACAGUACCACUGGAGAGGCAGGGAUGGUAUCAUGGAGCCAUAAGUCGAGUGGAGGCUGAAUCAACACUAAGAUCUCUCAAUGAAGGAAGUUUUCUUGUGAGAAACAGCGAAUCCACAAGGCAGGAUUACUCUCUGUCGCUCAAGAGCGCCAAAGGAUUCAUGCAUAUGCGAAUACAGAAAAAUGACGGAGGACAAUAUAUUCUGGGUCAAUUUAGUCGGCCAUUUGAUUCAAUUCCCGAGAUGAUCAGACACUUUUGUCUCAAUCGGUUGCCGAUUCGUGGUGCCGAGCACAUGGUUCUCCUGGAGCCGGUAAUUGCGCAGCUCCUUUAGAAAUUAUCAAUUAAAUUUUCUGUACACAGAAAUCCAUCAAAAGAGAAAUGGCAGAGUGAAUCUAUCCUAUUAUUUUGCAAUGGGAUUGAGGAUGUGUAAUGGAACAUAUCAAUGAUUUAUUUGUAUCAUUUUUGCACAUUAUUUCAUUUGACCACGUGAGCCAUGGAGAUUAAGAUAAAAUUGUGAUAAAAGCAAUAUUGUAAUCGGUCUGUUGAAAUAAUAAUAUUGAAUGUGGGAGAUUUUUGUUUGGAGGGAGCUAAAAAAAAGAUUACGUCAAUUUCUCUGUGCAAUAAUUUAAUUAUUUCCUUGGGCAAUUAAUUCUAAAUCUGCAAGCUCCCUCCGUUCUAUAAAACAGAAAUAAUGUGAAUUAAAUAAUAAACAAAGUGGCUGAAAAGGAAGAAAAAUCAGUUUGCCAAAGAGAGAAUGGAUAUUAAAAAAAAAUUGGGUGAAAUGCAGGGAAAUUAUUGUUGGAAUUUUCCGAUAAAUUUGAAAGGAUUUCAUUGAAAUAAUAAUAAUAAUAAUUUGAGUAUUCUUUUAUGCCCAAAUUGUUUGUUGAAUGCACGAGAUGCUAGAGAGAAAAAAAAAACGGUGAAAUGAAACAGAAAUUGUCCCGACAUUGGCUUCCAGGAAAUAAAGGAUGAUGCAAAAAAAAUGAAAAUAUUACUAAGAACUUUUCAUAUAAUCUUAAUAUUUAUAUAGAAAGAAAGAGAAAAAAAAGAGGGAGAAAAGGAGGAGAUAUUGUAGGCCAGAAAACAAAAGUUAAUCUAAACACGAUAUUUAAAGGACAAAAAUCAUGUGGUAAUUGCAUAGGAAAUAGUGAUUAUUAUACAGCAAAAAAAAUAUAAAUUGAUGCAUUAUAGACAAGAUAAAUUGAAUACAAGUUUUUUGUAGAGGAACACCACAUUUUAUUAAAACUCCCAUGUGUGAGUAGACUUUUUAUGAAGGAACAGAGGAAAAAAGACAGAAAAAAACAUCAUUAGAUUACUUGUGUAAACAUCGAAAGAUGAAAAAAAAACUCCUUUUUUAUUUUAUUCUGGCAUUUAUCAGUAGGUUUCAUUGUAUAUAGACAAAAAAAAUUGUAUUACUUGGUAAGUUUCAAACUCUCUUGUCUCCCCAUGGAAAAAAGAAAAUAUUUCGAAGAGGUUUAUCCUACAGGUGAAUAUAUUUAUGAAUUUAAAAGAAAAAAAUGUAGAUCAUUUAAUUCCACGUAAUAUUCCACUCUCUAUCUACCAGUUUAAUUGACGAGAAAGGUAACAAAAAUUACUGAAGAUUUGAAGAGGAGAAACAAACAGUUCUGUAGUGAUAAAAUGUAUACAAUAAAGAUGAAAAGUUGAACAA